AUGGCGUCGUGGUUCUCGAAUGAUGCAGGAGGUCUCAGCCAAUAUCACCGAACGGCUCAAUUCAUAGAAGGAGACACAUAUGUCAAAGUGGAUUGGCACUUGAAAGAAAAGCUGUGGGAAGUUGUGCGUCCAUUGGACGAUGAUGGCCAGCGUUACGCCGUUGGCUUAUUUCGAGGCUGGAGGUCCGAAGACACCUGCUUCCAACGACAUCCGGCGAUAAUCAAGGUCUAUAUGCAAAUCCCUGAUCAAACGCCGCCUGCCACCGAGCAUGUGGAGGGCCGUCCGUACACGCAGCCGUGGAAGGAAAAGGUGCCGGAAAUCGAGGCGUUCGUUGAAAACAUCGAUCAUCGAGUUCGGAACCACUGCGGGUAUUCAAUCCCUUUCUAUGAUACGCAAGAUUAUGAGCAAACAAAUGACGACCAUGUUCCUGGUGGCUUUGCUUUUUAUGUCCUUAUGGCAUGCAUGCCAGGGGUGAGAAAGGGCCCUUUGGUCAAUGGAUAUCAUCAUUCUUCCGCUUCCAAUAAUGACCUGGACGAACCUGAGCAUCACGACAACAAUAACUCGAACGAAUCCGAGCGUCACGACAAUAAUGACUCGAACGAACCCGAGCAUCAUGACAACAAUAACUCAAACGAAUCUGAGCAUCAAAGCAACAGGGACUCGAGCGAAUCUGAGCGUCAUAACAAUGAUUCCUGCUUUGCAGCAUACAUUCGAUACCAAGAAUUGGACUCUAAUUCAUAG